AUGGAGGGGAGCAGCAGCGGCAAGCACUUCAUGCUCGUCCACGGCCUCUGCCACGGCGCGUGGUGCUGGUACAAGCUGGUGCCGAUGCUCCGCGCCGCCGGGCACCGGGUCACCGCGCUCGACAUGGCCGCGUCCGGCGCGCACCCGGCCCGCAUGGACGAGGUGGCGUCCUUCGAGGACUACUCGCGGCCGCUGCUCGACGCCGUGGCCGCGGCGCCGGCCGGCGAGAGGCUGGUCCUGGUCGGGCACAGCCUCGGCGGGCUCAACAUCGCGCUCGCCAUGGAGAGGUUCCCGUGCAAGGUCGCCGCGGCCGUGUUCCUGGCCGCGUGCAUGCCGUGCGUCGGCAGGCACAUGGGCGCCACCACGGAGGAGAUCAUGAGACGGAUCAAGCCGGAUUUCUUCAUGGACAUGAAGAGGAUGGCUCUGAACACGAGCCAGGGCCCUCGACCUGCACUCGUGUUUGGCCCAAAAUUAUUGGCAGCAAAGCUGUACGAUCGAAGCUCAGCUGAGGAUCAGACGCUGGCUACGAUGCUGGUGAGACCGGGGUGCCAGUUCCUGGAUGACCCCACGAUGAAGGACGAGGCGCUGCUCACCGACGCCAACUACGGGUCGGUGAAGAAGGUGUACGUGGUGGCCAUGGCCGACGCCUCAAACUCCGAGGCGAUGCAGCGCUGGAUGGUCGACGACCUGAACCCUGGCACGGAGGCCGAGGAGAUCGCCGGAGCCGACCACAUGGCCAUGUGCUCCAAGCCCAGGGAACUCUCUGAUGUGUUGCUCAGGACCGCCAACAAGUAUGACUGA